AACAAUGUAUUACUUUUCUUAGAAUUCUAGUAAUUAUGCAUCAUAGGUGUGCAUAUAAGUAUGUCUUUAUCAAUUCAUCCACAAUUGCAUACAUAUGCUGUGGACAAUUCCCCAAGUUGUCAAAGGAGACUUGGACUCUUGGAUGCAGCAGCAGCUUAUAUUCAGAGAACUAGUCAACAUUUUCAUCUGUUUUCUUACCUAUAACACUCAUUCAUGAUUAAAUCCCAAUUUUCCUGUAAGAAUUACACAACCAAAUCUCAGAAUGACAACCUCAAUUCUUCAUCUUCUCAUCCACAUCUUUAUUUAUGCUUUACUUCUACGCCAGACUACACAGCAUGCAAACCAGAGAGCAGCAGAAGCACUUGUUUCUUGGAAGAACACCCUCUCUACUUCCAUCCUGGAUUCCUGGUCCAUGAACACCCACCAAAGGAUCUGCAGUUGGGAGGGCAUUAUCUGCAACUUUGCUGGAACCAUCUCUCAGCUUAAUCUGCCCGGGGGAAGCAUUGCAGGUUGCCCGAAUCUAGUUUACCUUGAUCUGUCACAGAAUAGUUUCACUGCCCAAAUCCCGGAAUCUGUAUUCUCCAUUCUGGAAAAACUGGAGUAUCUUAACCUCACCGGAAACUCGUUCUGGGGUGCUUUCCCUAUGAGUCUCACCAAGCUGUCCAACUUGAAAGACCUUCGCCUCGGACAGAACAAUCUUUCGUCCCAGAUUCCUGUUGAAAUUGGAUCCAUGGAAAGCCUUCAGGUACUCCAGCUCCAUGAGAAUUCAUUUCAUGGAAAUAUCCCAUCUUCUAUAGGCCAUUUAAAAGAUCUUCACAGCCUAGACCUAUCAAAGAAUCAACUUAAUUCCGGGAUUCCUUAUGAACUCGGGCUAUGCACAAAGCUUGAGUACUUGUAUCUGGACCAUAACUCCUUAGCUAGUGAGAUCCCUUCCACUUUGUCCAAGUUAUCCGAGCUAGUCGCGUUGCGUUUGUCUGAUAACGAGCUUUCGGGAGAACUAUCCCCACAUCUCAUUGCUAACUGGACACAGUUAAUUGAAUUGCAGCUUCAGAACAAUUCAUUUAGAGGUAGCAUUCCCUCUGAAAUUGGUUUGCUCACCAAACUUAAUUUCCUUCUGCUGAACAGAAACAAUCUUUCGGGCUCGAUCCCGUCCAAGAUUGGAAAUUUGAGGAACUUAUAUAAUCUUGACCUGUCAGAAAACCACCUCUCUGGUCCAAUACCUCCAAGCAUUGGAAAUUUGACAGAGCUUUCUCAGCUGGAGCUUUCCUUCAACAAUCUUAAUGGAACAAUACCAUGGGGAAUAGGAUACUUAACAUCACUGGCUUCUCUCUCCCUAGGCUCCAACAUGCUUCAAGGGCCUAAGGAUUUAUCAAUGAUUUGCAAUGCCACCUUGCUCCAAACUCUUUCUUUGCACAGCAACAACCUGGAAGGAGUGUUCCCAGAAUGUUUGGGAUACUUUAGCAGUGAAUUGCAUGCACUGGAUCUCGGGAAUAAUCGCUUUCAGGGCGAUAUUCCGGCAACCCUUUGCAGUGCCCGACGCCUCGGGUUUCUAGACCUUUCGAACAACAGCUUCAGCGGGGGAAUCCCGAAUUGCAUUGGCAACUUAAACCAUUUGACAUAUUUGAAUCUUGCAGUGAACCGGUUCAAAGGAGGUAUUCAUGAGGAGUUUUGCAGGUUAGUCCUUGUCGAAAUUCUUGAUCUCUCUCAAAACUCUUUGAGCGGCGCAAUCCCACCAUGCCUGGGGAAUCUAAGCUCAAAGCUUUCAGUACUAAAUCUUGGGACGAAUCGGCUUCAUGGACACAUUCCUGGACAAAUUGCAGAGGGGAAUAAUGUUUUGCAGACACUCCAGUUAAACCAGAACCAAUUGGAAGGGCCUUUACCUCGUACUCUCAUAAACUGUAAGAUGCUAGAAAUCCUAGAUGUUGGAAACAACAACCUAAGUGAUUCAUUCCCCACCUGGUUGGAUUCUCUUCCAAACCUGAUAGUUCUGGUCUUGAGAUCAAAUCAUUUCCAGGGACCCAUAAUUGGCAACUCUACUCCAUAUACAUUCCCCAUGUUACGAAUUUUCGAUCUCUCCAGCAAUGAUUUGAGUGGCCCUUUGCCAACAUAUUAUUUGCAGCAUUUUACUGCCAUUGCAAAUGGUGUCACAAAAGGCUUAUCAGCAACAUACCCUGGAAAUUCAGCUUAUUCAUACGAGACCUCUGUGACUUUGGUGGUGAAACGACAGGAGAUUUCGGUGAAAAGGAUUCUGAAUCUUUACACCACCAUUGAUUUAUCAAGCAACAUGUUCCAAGGAAAGAUUCCUAGUAUCAUAUUCAUAGGCGGGUUGGAUUCUCUUCGCCUGCUCAACCUGUCUCAUAACCAACUAACCGGUAACAUUCCACCCACCAUUGCUGAUCUUGCUCUGCUUGAAUCGUUGGACCUGUCUUGGAACCAAUUGAGUGGGGAGAUUCCUGGGAAAAUGUCGAGGCUCACGUUUCUUGGAGUUUUGAACCUCUCUUACAAUCAUCUUCUUGGAAAGAUACCGCGCAGCGGACAGUUUAAUACAUUCGGAAACGACUCGUAUUUGGGAAACAAAGGGCUAUGCGGAUUCCCAAUGAGAGUGCAGUGUGAAGGAGGAGAAGAAGAUGGAAGAGUAGCGGAAACGGGAACAGCAGAAGAGGAGGAUUCAGGAUUCCUCCAUGGAUUUUCUUGGCAGAGUGUUCUUAUAGGUUUUGGAUCCAGUUUUCUAAUUGGAUUUAUAGUUGGAUAUCGACGUGUAAACGUAAAGUGGUUAAAAUAAUAUCAGAAAAAAUAUAUAUUUUUUAUUUGGAAAUUACAUAUUUUGUUCCUAAAUUAUAUGAUAAUUAUAUAAUUAUUUUUAUUUGUUGGUC